AUGUCGUCGCUAACGGAAAAGUCCCCGCAGAUCUUGGAAGCAGCAGAGAGCCCAAAUGCUUCUGAGUCGCUAAAGGGAGCACCUGCACAGAUCCCAGGCCCAGAGCCAGCUCGCCAGAAAUGGUAUGAGUGGUUCGCACCCACAGAUACUCCAGCGGAGCGACGAUUGAUCCUCAAGCUUGAUGGCUUGAUCAUUGUCUUUGUAUUCCUGGCGUAUUGGGCGAAGGUCUUGGAUUCGUCAGCGACAAGUACCGCUUAUGUGAGUGGCAUGAAGGAGGAUCUGAAGUUAUAUGGAAAUCAAUUGAACUAUUUGAAUGCAGUGUAUUAUGUUGGAUUCAUCGUGAUGCAGAUCCCACUGACACUUUUGAUGACUCGUUGCCCUGUGAAUUACUUCUUACCAGCAGCGGACCUCAUUUGGGGCGUCUUCACUCUUGCACAGUACAAAGUUACCAAUGUGACUCAACUCUAUGCUCUGCGAUUCUUCGUGGGCGCGCUUGGAGGCUUCUUCUUCCCAGCAGUUCAAUGGUAUCUCGGAUGUUGGUAUAAGCGAUCGGAGCUAUCUCGUAGAGGUGCCAUUUUCUUCAUCGCAAGUCAAGUUGGCAGCAUGAGUUCUGGAUACAUCCAAGCAGGAGCUUAUGAUUCUCUGAAUGGUCGUUUUGGAUUAGAGGGAUGGAGGUGGCUGUACAUUAUCUGUUUUGCUUGCACGGUUCCAAUUGCCUUCUUGGGCCUUUGCGUCCUGCCAAGCACCCCUGACAAGUGCAAUUCUCGAUUUUUGACCGCAGAUGAAAUCCAACUCGCUCAGGAGCGAAUGGCAUCUGAGAACCGAGAAGCUAGACAACCUUUCACCAAGGCGAAAAUCAUCGAAAUCCUCAAGGGCUGGAGACUAUGGGUGCUAGUCGGAUUUGCCUUUUUCUUCAGUCAGGCGGACGGAGUUUCCUCGAAUAGCGGUCUCUCCUUGUGGCUUAAGGCAGAAGGUUAUUCUGUGGGGAAUAUUGACACGAUCACAACAGUCUCACCGGCUGUCACAAUAAUUGCAUCGGUGGUCUGUGCCGUCAUUUCGGAUAUUUAUGAUGCGAAAGCCAGCCUGAUCGCGAUUACCGCGGUGCUGAAUAUUUUCGCGUGUAUCAUCCUAGCCAUUUGGAAUGUGCCCGACGGCUUGAAAUUCUUUGCUUUUUUCUUGUCAGGCACGGCCGAUGGGAUUGCGGCCGUUGUUUAUGCAUGGGCCAACGAAAUUUGCGCGCAUAGCGCUGAAGAGCGUGCCCUGGUGAUCAGUGCGAUGAAUACGAUCGGGAAUACGUUCGCGACCUGGGUGCCUAUUCUUGUGUGGAAGACGGAAGAUGCGCCUCGUUACUUGAUCGGGUAUAAUUGGAAUAUUGCACUUGACGUAUGCAUGUUGAUCAUGGUAUUUGUGCUACAUCAUUUCUGGAUGCGGGCGCAGAAAUUGGCUCCAGCAUAG